AAUACCUAAUUAAUUAUAUUGAUCCUAUCCACUAUCUGGCUAGCUAUCAUCACUCAAACUCCUCUCUCUCUCUCUCUCUCUAUUAUAUUUCUCAAAUCCUUAACUAUCAAGCUUCCUAGACAUACAUACAUUUCUUGCUGCAUGCAUACAUAAUUCCAAAACCUCAAAAAAAUGUCCAAGAAAUCAUCGUUGCACUGGAGAAAUGACUCUGGGGAGCUUGAUGUGUUUGAGGCUGCAAAGUACUUUGCAGAUGCCAAUGAAAUCUCAUCUUUUGCACACAGGACUCGUUAUGAGCCCUGGAGAGGUGGGAGAAAGAGCCUAGACAUGGCCCUAUCGUUCCGAAAAUCGUCCCUAAUUCUCCCACCCGAAAUGGAAAAACCACGGGCCUCCUCGAAUAUCAUCAAGGAAAACAAGAAGCACAAGCAGCCCAGCUCACCUGGAGGCAGACUUGCCAGCUUCCUCAACUCCCUCUUCAACCAAACAAAGAAGAAAUCGAAAUCGAAAUCAGGCAAGGAUGAUGAAGAUGAAAGCCUUGGAGGGGUGAGGAGAAGAAGGAGAAGUAGCAUCAGCCAUUUUUAUAGCAUCAGAAGCUCCACCACCAACACUACUGCCACUGCAAAUCAUCCCACCAUGGCUCCAAAUAGUAAGCUCUUCUCUUCUUCAGCUUCUGGGUUUAGAACCCCUCCCCCCUGCGCAUACACCCCCACCAAAUCCUACAAAGACUAUCAUCAACAAGUCAUCAAUGGGCUCAAGAAUCACAAGGUGAUUGCAGCAUCUUUGCAGAGCAAAGAU